AUGGCCGUUUCCACAGCACCACCACCAGCAGAUCCCCCCUCCUCCUCCACCACAAUCACCACCACCACCACCGCCACCGCCACCAGACCUCUCUUCCCCAACCCACCACAAUCAACAAACUCAAGACCCCUAACCCCUCCUCCACUACACCACCACCCACCACCAUCCCAUCACUACCACCACCACCAACAACAACAAGCCCACCCCCGCUAUGCAGCUCAACCCUUUCUCAGCAUUGCUCCAAGAAUCACCGCUAGUCAAAUUCACCCACCAGUACCCACCAAUAAACACCACCGUCAUGACCCACCACCGCCGCCACAGGGAUUUCUUUACCCAGUUGCUUCCUCGGGCAGUUUUCUUCCGAAGCCGAUUCGGCCCGCCGAACCGACCGUCACGAUUGCUAAUCCCGGUGGAUACCCAUCUCGCCCAGUGGUUCAGUACCCUCAGACUCACCCAGUGAGGCCAUUUGGGUUCAAUCAUUCGGAGCAAGGUCAGGGUCAGAUUGUGCACUAUAUCAGGCCGACCCACUUCCAGCACACUCUUCUUGGGUCUAAUGGUGGAGUGAUGCCCGGUGUGGUCAAGGGGGUUCCGGUUUCUUCUCAACCCAAGGUUGCUCUUUCUCCCACAGUUCCUGAUUGUAAAGGCUUCAAAGAUAUUAGUGAUAGAAGCAGGGAUGAUACUUUUGCAACCAUUAGAGAUCGAAAGGUCAUAAUAUCUGGUGGUGCUUCUCUUUAUGCUCUCUGUCGAUCGUGGUUGAGGAAUGGCUUUUCUGAAGAAAGUCAGCCACAGUACAUGGAUGGUGUGAGGUCUCUUCCCAGACCUUUGCCCAUACUUGUGGGAGGCGCACAUUCGCCAAUUAGAAAGGAGGAUGAUAAAGAAGAGGAGGAAGAGACUUUGAUUAGUUUCAAGUUGAAUGCUGAGAAUAUCUUUGUUUUGAGAGUUUGGGAUGAGGUAUCUGGUGAGCAAGUAUCUUCACAAGAGCUAUUGCAAAGACAUAUCAAGCGUGCUAAAAAGGUUCGGGCACGUUUAAGAGAAGAAAGGCUACAGAGAAUUGCAAGGUACAAAACUCGGCUUGCUCUUCUCAUCCCCCCAAUUGUAGAGCAGCAGUUAAGCAAUGAUACAAGUGCUGGAAACUGAAAUGCCUGAAUGAUCUUUGAGAUGACGAUGGAUAUUGGGCUCCUUCAUCCGCAUUGUGCCAAAGGAUAAUAGAUACUUGAUGAGUUUUCUCAAGAUGAGAUCGAAAGAUGAAGCUCUCAAAUGUGUGGCACGAUAUUGUUGUAAAGUCCGUGUAUUUGAACGUGUGCAGGUAAAAUCAGUGUAUCACCGAUUGGGUUUUUAUAACUGAUUUAACUUAAAAAAUUUGAGUUAGUUCAGUGUUCUUGCGAUUAUGUUGUUUUAGUGUUAUCAGCCUUUCAAUAGAGUAUAGUGAUUUUUUUUGACUUCAUGGUUGGAGAUUGGAGGACUUGAACAAAUGAAUCACCUUCUUUGUUUUGUCAUCAGCCUUGUGUUGGCUUAAUCUUCUUUGGAUCACAGUCAUCCUGGACCAUUUGGUCUCUAUAUAUGAUUUUCAAAUAGAUUUUUAUGUUAAUCUGGACCAUUAAUCUUCAAGCUGUUGUAAUACUGUUGUCAUUUGUUCUAUAACAAGUUGCCUU